AUUAAAACUAUAUUCGAUAUGAAUAUGUCGUUUUUGUGUACUCCUGGUCCGUGUACUUUCGGAUUGAGAGCACUGUUAUGGAGCGCGUAUGGAAAAGAGGUGCGGCCCCUUUAAGAGCAGGGCAGCGCAUCUCAGUGUCCGUCCACGCGUCCAGCCAAUAAGGAAGAACGUGGCAGAGUUUGGGCUAGAAGGGUUGUCUCACCUGCACAAAAUCACUUCAAGAGGAACAGGCCGUUUUCCACUUUCUACAAUUAAUACACACAUAUCAGACAGUUAACUAUUCACUUUAGAUAACCAUGACGUGUUGAAGUUGCGUUUAUCAAAAGCCAUGCGAUUUUCUUCGCUACCGGUAUCUGAGUAGUUCUUUUUUUUUUUCGCUCACGGCAACUUAUCAACUCGUCACAAGGAAUUAAUGGUUAGUAAGGAUACAUUUUCUUUCUUUUUUUUACGUGGUCUUUUUUCCUGGUUUCGGAGAUGAUUGAGAAGAAAUGCAAGAAGUUGGUGGAUAAUUUCAAUUGAAAGCCGUGUGCAUGGUGUCUGACAGCAGAUGGAUUCGCUGAUUUUUUUCUUUAGGCAUCAGGCCAGUCUUCCGUCGAAUGGCUGCAUUGCACAUUUUUUAGUGUUGUGAACAUUUCCAGGGAACACUUUUGCUAAAAAGAAAAGAAAAAACCAUUGGGAAUUACGACCCGAAGUGAAGGAAUACGUUCAACGCGCGACGCUCGAUUGUCGUGGCUUUUGCGUGCAUACAGACCGUAACCGCAAAACGAUGGAGCACACGGGUAUUGAAGAGGUGAACCAAACGCACCAGCAGCACGAACCCAUCAGCUUUGGCAUCGACCAGAUCCUUAACAACACGGAGCAGCCGAGCAGCUGCAUGGUGCCAAGCCGCGCGGGAGACGCAGACUACCAGCUCGCACCCAACGUAUACACCAACGGGUACGGCGGCGUGUACAGCCCGGCAUGCUCCAUGGCACCCGGCCUGGCAGGUUCAUACAACGUCAACAUGAACAUGAACGUGAGCAUGAACAUGAACGUGAAUGUCAGUUCGGGGAACGCCGGGGGUGUGAUCCGGGUACCAGCUCACAGGCCCAUGCCCGCUGCACCUCACCCGCCUCCCUCUGCACAUCCGCCCGGUAUCUCGGCUGGCUUGCCCACCGUGCCCAUGGGCAGCCCAUCCAGCUUCACCUUUCCCUGGAUGGAGAGCAGUAGGAGGUUUGCGAAGGACAGACUAACAGCUGCGCUCUCUCCGUUCUCGGUAACGCGGCGGAUCGGUCACCCGUACCAGAACCGCACGCCGCCCAAGCGGAAAAAGCCGCGCACGUCGUUCAGUCGCGUGCAGAUCUGCGAGCUGGAGAAACGCUUUCACCGCCAGAAGUAUUUGGCCUCCGCGGAGCGCGCGACACUCGCUAAAGCGCUCAAGAUGACGGACGCGCAGGUGAAAACCUGGUUCCAGAACCGCAGAACCAAAUGGAGGAGACAAACGGCUGAGGAAAGAGAAGCUGAGAGGCAGCAGGCAAACCGUUUAAUGCUUCAGCUACAGCAGGAGGCUUUCCAGAAGACACUGAGCCAACCGCUCCAGCCCGACCCUCUUUGCCUCCACAACUCGUCGUUGUACGCUCUGCAGAACCUCCAGCCGUGGGCCGAGGACAACAAGCUGCCCGUAUAACAGAGGGCGGCAUCCUGUUGUCUCUUCCAACCCAAACGCGUGGAUGAAUUUCGCCCAUCAAGACGGCUGCUUGUCUACGUGCCAUCUGGCAUCAACGAGGCCGACUCAACCACUGACUCGUUUGUUCUUGUUGUUUUGCUUUGAGCUCCGUAAGAUGUAUUUGUGAUGCAUGUUCACCGCGUCUCUUGUGUGUAGACUGGGACUGAAGACCCGGAGUUCUUCUUUACCUGAACUUUGCAAGCAAUUACAGAAGUGCUCCCUGUGUAUUCUUCAUGAUAUGACAUUGAAAAGUCCUUUUAUAUUAAACAUGAUUGUGACUUCUAAAAAAAAAAAAAAGGCUAUCGUUUUGAAUCACAAUUUUUUUUUUUUUACUGCGUCUACCUCUGUCUUUGCUUGAACCCGAUAAUGAAAACCGACAGAUAAUUGAGCGGAUAACUGCACUUGACAAUACUCAUACUCUGUAAUGUUUUCCACUAUCGCUGUCUGUAGCUAGGAGGCUUUGAGUGGGGUUGGUAUAAAACCUGAUAUGGCAAGGUGUUUUGUUGCCCGUGAUCCAUGUCUAUCCAGUGCAUGUGUGUGCUGGUAAACAAGUAUUAUCGUCCAAUUUUAAAAAGGAAAAGAAGAGUGAGUCAAAACAAAACAUUUCCUCUCUGGAUGCCACAGCACAGUGCUAUCAGGGUUAAUCUCCCGAGGAGGGGCACAACGCUCUGCUGUAUUCUCUGCACCAAAUGAGCCUUCACACUCCACACUAUACAUGGCUGCCUCUCCCAGGAAAUGCUGAAGAAGUAAACUGAUUAGAGGAGUGUGUGGUGUGCAGUCUGUGGCCCACAGCAGAGAAUCCACAGCAACAUAAAUCACAGGCUGCUGCUUGGAUUGGAAAACAGACUAUAUUUAAUACGAAUGUCAGCGUUAUCUCAGUAAAACAUUACCCAGCUUUCUGGGUUACUCUUUUUUUUUUUUUUUUUUCUUCUAAACAUUAUUUAAUCUUGAUAAAAUGAUUUACUCAAUUGCUUAAAAAUGUUUAAAAUAACAUUUGAAGGUUUGUCUGAUUAAAAAUAUUUCUUUUCA